AUGAUUCAAAUAUUUGGAUGGAAUAUGAUUAUUGUUGUAAUUGGUGCUUUUUGUGCAUGUGCUUAUGGAUUAAUUCCAGUGGUUUGUCAAUACAUUCUUGGUGACCUCAUUGAUGCAUUCUUUUUGAAUGCAAAAACAGCAACUGUUGAACAAUCCAAAGAGGCCGUUGCUGAAACUGCCAUCAAAUUCACAAUCAUGACAUUUUGUGGAAUGGCUGCUUUUGGAAUUCAACAUUUUUGUCUACAAGUGGCCCAUGCAAGACUUGGAACUGCCAUGAGAGAAGCUUUUUUGACAGCAUUGGUCAAACAGGAAAUGAGUUUCUUUGAUAUCAAAAAGAUUGGAGCUUUAACUGUGGUGUUGAGUGAAGAUAUUCCGAAAAUUCAAGACGUUUACACCUAUGAAUUGUUUCUCUUUUUUCAAGAAAUUAUUCAAUUUGUGGUUGGAUUUAUUUUGGCCAUGACUGUCAAUUGGAGAAUGUCAUUAAUUUUGGUCUCCACUUCACCUCUCACUUUUUGCAAUUACAUGACCAUGUCCACCAUUUCCACCGUCAUCACCAGACAAAUCAACAGAUUAACUGAACACUCCGCUGCAGUUUCCAAUGAAAUUGCCUCUUGCAUCAAAACCAUUCGUUCCAUGGCAGGUGAAUGUAAAGAAAUUGAGAGAUUCAAACUCGAUUUGUUCAAGAUUAAUACGAAAGUGGCUGAAGGAACUUCCACUUUGGGAUCAAUUUUUAAGGUUUUUGGAAUGCUUUGUUUGGGAGUGAUUUCCAUUACUCGAGCUGCAACGUUCUUUCCUCAUUAUGGAAAGGCCUAUGUGAGUGAAACGACAUUUUUAAAGGUCGUGUUGAGAGAAUCUGCCAUUCCUUUUAUGGGAGGUUUGAAACCAGAAAGUGUGAAAGGAGAGAUUGUGUUGAAAGAUAUUGAUUUUGCAUAUCCCUCUCGUCCUCAUACAUUGGUCAUGCAAGGAUUCAAUCUCGAAAUCAAACAGGGACAACAAGUGGCAUUGGUUGGGCCUUCCGGUUCAGGCAAAUCGACCAUUGUGUGUCUUUUAGAACGUUUCUAUCACCCCGUGAAAGGACAAAUCCUCUUGGAUGGAGUCGAUCUCGAACAAAUGGAUCCCUUUUGGCUUCAUCGACAGAUUGGCUUGGUCGGUCAGGAACCUGUCUUGUUCUCUGGAACAAUUAGAUAUAAUAUCGCCUAUGCUGUUGGUUUGGAAAACACCACUCAGGAAGCGAUUGAACAAGCGGCCAAGUUGGCCAAUGCUCAUUCCUUUAUUAUGGAUCUCCCUGACAAGUAUGACACCCUAUUGGGAGAGAAGGGAGUGUCACUUUCGGGAGGUCAGAAACAGAGAAUUGCCAUUGCGAGGGCACUCUUGCAAGAUCCCAAGAUUUUACUGUUGGAUGAAGCCACAAGUGCACUCGAUACGGAAUCGGAGGCUCUCGUUCAGGCCGCUUUAGAUACCUUAAUGAAAGGACGCACCACGAUUUGUAUUGCUCAUCGUUUGAUCACAGUGAUCCAUUUGGAUGUGAUUUGUGUCAUGGUCAAGGGUGUGAUGAAAGAGAAGGGAACACACGCAGAGUUGAUUCAAAUUCCGAAUGGAAUUUAUCGACGUUUGGCUGAGAAGCAGAUGGUGUUGGUAGAGGAGAAGGUGCAGGAUGUGGAAGAUGUGUUGGAGGAUGAGAUGCAUUGA